AUGUCUUGGUUCUUGGUUCAGAUCAUCGGGAUCAUAUUCGGGGGUGUUGGCAUGAUCCUUACCUGGGUCAUCACGAUUAUGCCUCAGUGGAGGGUGUCCAUCUUGGCCGAAAACAAUGGAAUAAAUGGUCGUAUCGAUGGCUACUGGAUCAGCCGGUGGGAUGGCUUGUGGACAACCUGCGUAAACCAAGCCAGACUGCCCAUGCAGUGUAACAGCUAUGAAUCCCAGGUGUCCCUGACCAUGGACUUAAAAUCUGGAAGGAUCUUGAUGAGCUUUGCUAUUUUGAUGACAUUUUUUGCCUUUGUCUUCUCAAUUUUGGGUUUUCUGAUGCACAAGUGUCAUGACGAAGGUCGGAUGACAAGGCAGUGUAUGCGAUUGACCGCCGGGCUCCUCUAUAUUUUCAGCACCAUCCUCAUCGCCAUUCCCAUUAUCUGGACAAGCAGCAACAUCCUCACCAAAGCAUAUGAUGCUUCCGUGUGUCGCGGGGCAAUGAGGAUAGAGAUGGGAGAAGCCUUGUUCUUGGCAUGGCCUGCCAUGGCCUUCAUCCUCAUCGCUGGGAUUAUAUUAUGCUGUCAAUGCUCAGGUAAACAACCAUGUAUGUCAGAGGAAGACAAAGGUGACUAUAGACAGCCUCAUCACCAAGAGAUGGUCAUUAUGAGAAGCGUACCGGACGACCGGCCAAUCUGCAAUCCAAGGAGCCAAUACAUAUAG